AUGUUCUGGUACAAUCAGAGCUACUUCUCCCAAUUGAUGAGGUCCUACAAGAUCCUGAAGCUCUUCGACAUUUACGAUCCUCAUUCGUUCAUACGGGAGUACAUUCUGGACAAUGUGUACAUUGGAUUGCUUAUGCACAUAAUUUUCUAUGUGGCCGUGUGGUUCGCCACCACGGUGAUCAGAAAACUGGAGAAGUUCAACAUGGAGAAGCAGAAGAUUCUGGAUGAAAACAGAGGCCGACGAGAAGAAGUGGCAGUGUUGAAAAAUAAGAAAACGGAGUACCAAGACACCGUGAUCAAAGAAGUGCAGAAAAUGGAAACGAAGGUGGCCGAAAUCAUGGAGAAAAUCGCGGAGCUCAACAAGAACAUCGAAAAAUACGAGUCCGCGGGUAGGUCGUUCGAGAGUUCUGCGGGCGAUGUCGCUGACCGAAAAGCCGAGCUGUUGUCGCCGGCCACAGAAGGAUGUGUUUCGUGGUUUAAGAUUUUGGAACCGUCCUUCCCACCGCCUCAACCACCGCCUCGAAAGUAUGGGAUCUUUGUCAGUCGACCUCCUGGGCAACGUCGUCCGCCUCCCUCGGCUGCAUCUGCAACCUUACCCCCAAAAAUCGGACUCAAGUAA